AUGUUUCGUUUCUGGGGCUCAGACUCGAGGGGAAGCGAUAAGACCGUGCAGAUUGAUCGGCCCAUGUUCGAUCUUGGCAAACCGCCCGUGCAACCGUUCGUGUCAGAGACCGCAGUCACGACUCCGUCCCGCUCUCCCAAGCGCCGGAGGACAAGCAACGUCGCGAUAGCGUCGCUCACCGCUGCUGCCGACUCCCCGGUGGUGAAGCGCCUGAAGCUGGAGGAUGGUAGUUUCCCGGAGGUCGAGGUAGCAAUGGCGGGCGUGGAGGAACAGGGUGCCGCGCAACCGGAGCCUGAGAUGGUCAGCAUGGACGGAGUCAAGGAAGUGAUCGAGCGCGAGUUUGGCCAGGAGAUCCUACUCAAGCACCAGGAGCUGCGUCUCAUCAACCAGGAACUGGCAAAGUGCCAAGUCGCUUUGGAACAGCUGCGCCGGUGCCACCUGAUCCCGUACCCCGUCAACGUCCCGACGCCUGAGCAGAUGUUGAACAUCUCUUCCGGUCUAGGGCCAGCGCUGCAAGCGAAGAUGGGCGCGCAGGUGCCUCAGUGGGCACCGCCGUUCGGUGUUACUGACGGACCGUACGCCCGCCAUCUCGCCAAGUGGCUCAUACCUGAUCCCAAGUUCGACGGCAUAUAUCCCGUGCCGACUCACGCUGAAUAUACUCGCUCUAGGGCUCUUGUGGAUGGUAGAUCAACAAGAAAUGGCGCCAACGAGGUAGGAAGCGCUCUGAGCAAGGGCCGACGCGGCCGCGAGCCACCCGGCCAGAAGCUGCAAGCUCUGCCAAGCGGGUACUCGCAACCCAAGGGCAAGUCGGGACCCUGCAUCUUGAAGCGUAUCGCCGAUGGCAAGACUGUCAAACUGGUAUGCGUGAAGUGCAACAGGGAGGAUUUCUCGAGCACUCAAGGCUUCAUCAACCACUGCCGUAUAGCUCACAAGCUUGAGUAUAAGAGUCAUGAGGAAGCCGCAAUAGGCUGCGGUCAUCCCAUCGACGUCAGCGAGGCCGCCCCUGGCAUAGUGAGUGAUGAAAGACCCGCACCGCCUGUGGUCAGUCACACGCCUACCUCUGGGCCUGUGCAUUCUUACGUUGACUCUGAGUCUUUCUUUGCUGCUGCGCGUCGCAUUAACGAGACCAUGGCCAAGUACAAGAAGGGUGAGCUUAAGGGUCCCAUCCCAGGUGUCAAGAUAUCGUCAACGCCGGCUGCCACGAGCGCCCAGCGACCCUCGGCGUUCAAGCCGUCGGCAGAGACACCUAACUUGUCUCUUUUUGCCAAACUUCAAGACAAGGGCUUGGAUCUUGAGGAGCUGGUUCGCGAUGCCACGACCAAGGUUGACUUGAACGAGAUGUUUACCCCUGAGGAUGAGUCAGAGGAAAGUGAGGUCGAUUCUGUGGAGGCCAAGGUCGCUCAGGGCGACCAAGCCUCAUCUGCAGUAGCCGGAAUGCGUAUGCCCGCGCCUGCCCGGAAGCCAAUGUCUCCCAUUCCUCCCCCUAUCCUCCCCAUCAGCAUUCGCCCGACCAGCAGCAAAGGUCAUACCGCGCCCAUGGCCUACGCGACUCCCGUUCCCACUCCCGCCCCUCGCCUCUCUGAUCGCGAAUCCGAGUGUCCUCUCGAUGAUGAGAUGGACAUUGACUUGAGCCCCAACACAGCCGUCAGCAACGUUGCUCCAUCACUCGUAAGCGACGAUGAUGAGUAUGACGACUCUGUGGAUGGCUCUUGUGACGAGUCUGAAGUGAAUGACACGCUCGACACCGAGUCCAUGUCCGAUGUUGCCGAGAUUCACUUGGACGACGAAGGGCCACGAUCCCUCGGUCACCGUGGUUCUACGAGUGCAGGUGCGGAUCCUCUGCAGCUCCGCAAGGAAGAUGACAAGCACGUCACCUUCAUGACUCCUGUCAGGGAUAGCCCGGUGCCCACCACGCAGGCCCACGGUGGACUGAAGCGUAAGAACAGGAUCUGA